AUGGCGCCUCUUCCUUCAUCCAGUGGCCGCCGCGCUUUCAACACCCGAGCAAGAUCUAACCGAAGGUCUGAUCCACAGAUUUCUUCUGCCGAAAGUCCUUCCAUCGGUGAGACACGGUCGUCGAAACGUCGAAAAUAUGUACCGGGUGGUCCUGGCGGCGGUGGCCGGUAUCUGACUUCCGAGGGGACGGAAUUGGCAGUCAGUGGAACAGGCCCGGGAGAUUACAGUUACACUGGACCAAGGGGGAGACUAGGGCGCGAGAAUGUAGCCAACGGGGUGUCACCAGUCGAGUUUCCACGUCCGCGUCGCGAAAGUCGAAGAGAACGUGUUCCAGCAAGACCUCGAUUCAGCUCUGCCGCCGCCGCAGCCGCUGCAGUGGUGCAUGGCGAUGGGUUCAAGCCGAGAGAAGAAAGAAGCUGGGACGAAUUUCAUCCUGAUCUGGAUAUUGGCGCACUCUUUCCCGUCUUCAGCGCACAUGAGGUUGAUGGGAUCACAAGACCUGCACCAAACUCUUCGUUCGACGGCAGAAAUGGCAGUCCAGCUUUUGUAGAAGGGGCCAAGCAAUUCGCGACAGAAGAUCGCGAGGUACAAACACAUGGCAACCUCUAUGAUCGCAAUUCCGCCACUCCUGGAGCAGUGGAAGCCACUCCCAAGCGACGUCCAGGACGCCCGCCUCGUCGAGCAGACUCGAUGCUGAAAGGUAUCGGCACACCCGAAGUUCCUAAGGUCAUUCCACUUCCUGGUUUCAACCCACGGGAAAAGCUAACGCUGCCGAAACCUUCAUUCCGCCGUUUAGAUCCUUUCCUCAAAUACGAGCAGAAGCACGUUGAAAAGCUCAACUACGUAGACCGAUCUAUGGCAAACGUAGGGUACCAGGAGAGCGAAAUCUGGAUCCGGCCAGAGAAGAAAUUGAUCCGUGUGACCGAGGGAAAUAUUGAGGAAGACCUGGACAUGGCCACUGGGGAGAAGAAUGAGGGCGAGGGCAACUCAGCUAUCGGUAGUGCUGUGGUUGGUCGAGUCGAAUAUGACAUGGAUGAGCAAGACAAUCUUUGGCUCGAGGCCCACAACAUCCAUAGAAAAGAGGAUGGAGUCGAGGCCAUCAAACCUGCGAUCUUCGAGAUCACAAUGACGAAGAUCGAGAAGGAAUGGCAUGCCCUCGAGAAGAGAAUUCCAAAGCCAAAUCCGAAACCCCCACAAACUCAUCGCCCACGUUCUAGCUCUGCUGCGGCGGUCAACGGUGAGUCUGGCGCCCUUGGAGAAGAGCAAGACACCAAAUGCGCAAUUUGCGAUGAUGGUGACUGCGAAAAUACGAAUGCAAUCGUCUUUUGUGACGGUUGCGACCUAGCUGUGCAUCAAGAGUGCUAUGGAGUGCCUUUCAUACCUGAAGGGCAAUGGUUAUGCCGAAAGUGCCAACUGAUCGGCCGCGGGACUCCUACAUGUAUCUUCUGUCCUAACACGGACGGAGCAUUCAAGCAGACGAAUGCCUCGAGGUGGUCUCAUCUAUUGUGCGCAAUCUGGAUUCCUGAGGUCUCCAUAGGCAACAAUACCUUCAUGGAGCCGGUGAUGGACGUCGAGAAAGUCCCAAAGGCUAGAUGGAAAUUAACGUGUUAUAUCUGUCGACAGAGAAUGGGUGCAUGUGUACAGUGUGGGAACAAGAACUGCUAUAUUGCAUUCCACGUUACAUGCGCUAGAAGAGCCAGACUCUUCCUUAAGAUGAAAUCAACCCAUGGCGGACCAGCAAGUAUCGACGCGAGUGUACUCAAAGCCUUUUGUGACAAGCAUGUCCCAGCAGACUGGCGUAGAGAGCAUGACGUUGAUAAUGCGACCAGAGACGCACUAGACUUCUAUCGACGCACGAUGCGUGGCAGACUCUGGGCAGAUAGCCAACAAUCUGCACUGACGAUGGGUGCAUCACAAACGCAAGGCAUCCCUAUUCCAGAGCCAAUGGAAGAGCCUUCGAAUCCCAAGCUUACACUCACGCUAAACUCCAAAAAGCGGAAACUUAAUCAGCCGCCGAAGGUCGUGUGGAGACUACCUUCGGGCGCACCAGUCAUACCGCAAGCGGUUUAUAAUACAGUGGAAGCUUCUCUGCAGCGAUUUGCUAUCCGAAAACGAAAAGAAUUUGCUGCUGAAGCAUGCAAAUUCUGGACUCUCAAAAGAGAAGCUCGGAGAGGCGCAGCUUUGUUAAAGAGGUUACAACUGCAGAUGGAAACCUUUUCAUCAAUGGAGAUCACUCGUCGAAAUUUUGUUGGCAUGGGAGCAGCUGGCGGGGUGCGACUGCAGAGACGGAUUGAUUUUGCGGAGCAGCUUCUACAAGAGGUUGGCAAGAUAAGACAAUUGAGCAGCCUGAUAAAGGAGAAAGAAAAGCUAAAGCUCGAUGACGUGAAGAUUUUGAAAGAAAUCGUUGACAUCGUCUACUUCCCAAUCACACCAGUCCUGUGGCCAAUCUUGGAAAAGGCUCAAUUACUUGAUGGCAAGGGAGUUUUCCGAGAAGGCUUUGCUGAUCUUGAGGAGCAUUUGAAUAGACGUAGUCAUACGUCAGUUGAAGCCUUCUCCGAAAAGUUCGGUGACGUGGUCAAGGCUGCACUAGAUCCGUCUCCUACAGUCGACGCAACCGAGGGCCAGCCACAUGUUAAUGGUGAAGUGUUAUCGAAAGACUUAAUCGCUGACCACAAGGCCAAAAAGAUGCUUGCAAACAGAAUAGUCAAAGCCGUCAAAGGCCCACUUGAAGAUGCGAUGAGAAAGGAAAGUGAAUUGUUAGGCAGGCCCCACGAAAAAGAGCUCCGCGACUUGGAGAGGCUACUUGAAGCAAGUCAACGGCAAUCAAUCAGCGGAGGUAGUUCUGAUGAGAACAGUGCUAAUGGUUUCAAUCAAAAUGCCAGAAACCUCGUUGGUGUUAAACUCGAUCCUGCUAUCGCCCAUGCAUCUCACAGAGAGCAGGCUACUGCCUCAAAAUCAGCCAAGCACAAGGGUCAUCGUCAACAGCCAACUCCAGAGUCUAUGCCACCAACGAACGGCGCGGCUGGCGAUGACCACACGUCAAACGGUAAUUUCGACGAACAUGUAUCCCACCAAUUAGGUAAGGACACGCCUCCAGAACCAGUAACGCCACCAUUGAGCUCUGGGGGCCAUUCUCAACCGCUUUCACAGGGUGGUAUUCCAUGGUACAUGGAAUGCUUUGACCCAGUAGGCACCACGAUCGAAGAGGAGCGGUGGAAAGGAAGAGAGCUUGUGCGAGGCAUGAGCGAGGAUUUGAGUGAUAUGGAUGAAGAGGAGCUCUCGGGGCUAGUAGAGCCUGAAGAGGCUGAAGGUGGUGGCGAUUUGGCACGACAGCAGGCGGAAGAGAAAACUGCCAAAACUCGCAAGGCUGUCAAAAAGGGACGGAGACGGCGGACCUUUUUCUGA